UCUUAUUGAGGUGGCGCACGGAGAUAUGAGGAUUAUGUUUCUCUUUCUUAAAAAAAUUCCAUUGCGUUACUUGGGUUCUCUUUGUUCUCUGUCACACUCUAUGGAUUACAUUCUAAAAAGGAUUAUAUAACAAUGGCUGUACUCGAGAACCGUGAGUGGGGUUGGAUUGUGAAUAUAUUUUGGCUGUUGCUUUGUUUUCGGGGUUCUGUUUCUAGACAAAUUACCUAUUCCAUUUCCGAGGAGGUAAAACCGGGGACAUUUGUUGGGAAUUUGGCUAAGGAUUUAAAUCUAAAAGUGAUUGAACUGGAGGCACGCAGGAUUCAGAUUGAAUCUGGAUCAUAUAAGAAACAUUUUGAGGUAAAUUUGAAAACUGGCGUUCUCUUCGUUAGCGAAGCAAUAGACCGAGAGAAGCUUUGUCCCAACAGCCUUGUUUGUACUGAAAGCUUGGAGGUUAUUGUUAAUAAUCCUUUACGAAUGUACAAUGUUGAAGUAAAUAUACUAGACAUAAACGACAACGCACCACAAUUUCCUGUGAAAUCACAGAUUAUUCGUAUUUCUGAGCAUACUUCACCUGGAGCAAGAUUUCCUCUGUCUACAGCUGACGAUAUGGAUGUAGGGAGCAACACUAUUGACGCAUAUAAACUCUCCACAAAUGCCUUUUUCAUUCUAGACGUACAUACUGAGGCUGAUAGCGGUCCAUCAGCAGAGUUAAUUCUAAAUCAAGCUUUAGACCGAGAGAAACAGCCUGCGAUCACGCUAACACUGACUGCUAUUGAUGGAGGAAAGCCUCCCAGAUCAGGGAGCACAGAAAUCAUUGUCAACAUUCUCGAUGCAAACGAUAAUGCGCCAGUGUUUUCCAAAGCCCUGUAUAAGGUAAAAGUCUUAGAGACUGCGCCAAUUGGCACUGCUUUUCUAAGGCUUAAUGCAACAGACCUAGACGAAGGCUUGAACGGUGAAAUAAUGUAUUUGUUCAGCAAACAAGGACAAAAGGGGGGUUAUGGUACAUUUGCAAUCAAUCAGAGCAAUGGGGAAAUGACAGUAGCGGGACCUUUAGAUUAUGAGGUGACCAGUGCGUAUGAGAUUCGUGUGGAAGCUCAGGACCGAGGCCACUCACCUCUGGCCUCACAUUGCAAAGUGUUGGUAGAGGUAGUUGACGUAAACGAUAAUGCCCCGGACAUCAAACUCUCCUCGCUUUUGGAGAGUGUGAGAGAGGACGCAAAGAAGGGUACGGCAAUUGCGCUAAUCACGAUUAUUGAUAAGGAUGGCGGUAAAAACGGGAAUGUGCAUUGUACCAUAUCUGGUGUCUCGCCGUUUCUAUUGGAGUCAUCUCAGGGUAAAUACUACUCCGUGGUCCUUGGAGAAACGCUGGACAGGGAAAUCAACUCUCAGUAUAAUGUCACAAUCAUAGCCAGAGAUGAAGGGACCCCUCCUCUGUCCAGUACUAGCAUUAUUACUGUCCAUGUUUCUGAUGUCAAUGACAAUACGCCACGCUUUCCGGAACCCACUGUUAACGUGUUCUUAAAAGAGAAUAGUCCGGCAAGAUCUGUGAUAUCUUCUGUGACUGCGCUGGAUCCAGAUUCAAAAGCAAACGCUCAGAUAACAUAUAAUUUACUAGAGCCCAGAAAUAGGCCUACAGCUUCUCAGACACCUGUCAAUGUGAAUUAUGCCACAGGUGAGAUAUAUAGCAUGCAGUCAGUGAACUAUGAAGAAGUGAAAAAGUUCCAGUUCCAAGUUCAGGCCACAGAUUCUGGUGUUCCUCCAUUAAGCAGCAACGUCACUGUCAACGUUUUUAUUCUGGAUGAGAAUGACAACAGUCCUGUGAUUCUCCCGCCCUAUUCUGACCACGGCUCCGUUAAUUCUGAGAACAUUCCUUAUUCUGCUGAAGCGGGAUACUUUGUGGCCAAGAUCAGGGCUGUAGACGCCGACUCUGGUUAUAAUGCGCUGCUUUCUUAUCACAUCUCUGAACCAAAGGGGACCAAUCUAUUCAGAAUAGGAACCAACAACGGAGAAAUACGGACUAAGAGACGCAUGAGUGACAAUGACUUAAAAUCUCACCCGUUGGUCAUUCUGGUGUCUGAUAAUGGAGAACCAUCCCUGUCUGCGACUGUGUCUAUUGAUGUUGUGGUCGUUGAAAGUACAGGUGACACACAGACAACUUUCAGACAACUGCCUGUAAAGGAGGAGAGUUUCUCAGAUUUAAAUCUGUAUCUGCUCGUCGCCAUUGUGUCAGUAUCAGUGACAUUUCUACUGAGCCUCAUCAGUUUAAUAGUUGUAAAAUGCCACAGGACAGACGGCAGUUUCAGCAGGUGCAGCGCCCCAAUGAUCACCACCCACCCUGACGGGAGCUGGUCUUACUCCAAAUCUACUCAGCAGUAUGACGUAUGUUUCAGCUCUGACACUCUGAAGAGUGACGUUGUAGUUUUCCCCACGCCGUUUCCAACUGCUGAUGGCGAGCUGAUCAGUAUUAAUGGAGGGGACACUUUGCAAAGGACACAGACGCUUCCCAACACAGAUAAGGUAUGCCGGUAA